AUGGACCCGCUUGAACAACCAUAUCUUCAUCUGCAUUUUCCUGCUUUAUUUCGUUCAGCAAUUAUCUUAUUCUAUCAAGGGAAAGUUGCUUUCUCCUCUGAUCGAUUCUGCGCUUAUUGGUACGUGUUGACCUCCUUUCUAAAUAUGAGUUCUGUACAACUGAAUGCAUAUCUAUCCAUUGAACGUUAUUUUCUCAUCUUUCACAAUCCAUUUCUCAUCAAACACAAGAUCAUCGUACACUAUAUUCCGAUGGUUACAUUCAUUGUUAUGCCGUUCGUGUACGUCGUCUAUGUGGUCAACUUUAUGCCAUGUGUAAAUCAUUUUGAUUACCAUUCAUGGGCAUGUGGUACUGCUUGUUAUCUUACUCAUCCAGUGACAGGAACAUUUUCCUGGGUGUUUGCUAUCAUCGCGCCUCUGAUUGUGAUGAUCAUCUCGAACACAUUUCUCAUUGCACGUGUACUUUAUUUCAAAAAGCGAAUGAUGCAACGACGGAUCUGGUAUAAGAAUCGUAAAAUGCUCUUGCAGCUUCUGUCUCUAGUUGGAAUGUUAUACAUUUCUUGGAUGCCUUCAGGCAUCACAUCAAUCAUCAAUAAUUAUUAUCCAACUUCGAUUUCCAUGGAAUUGACUUUUAAUUGGACAUUGAUUUGCUUCAUUUAUGUUGCCACCCUCUUUUCACCACUGACGACUAUUUUGGCAAUACCGGAACUGAAAGAGGAAAUCUUUCGAAGUCUCAAUCAAUGGACAAAACCUAAAACUAGUGCCCGAAUUAUUCCCGCAGCAUAA